AGACAGACGGCAACUGAUGUUUCAUUUUUGCCGUUUGCCAUAUGACGUAACGUCAUGCUCUCUAUUCGCACGGUUGCGGGAAAUCAUAUCAUUUUGAGUUUUUGCGAGUUUUUGUGGCGGUCAUUCAAACAGAGUUAAGAAGCUCAGAGCUCUGAGCGGCAACUUUAUCUUGCUUGAAGCUUUUCCCUUAACAAAAGAUUGCAUUUAUGUCUAGAAGUCAAUGUGAUCUGUUGUCGAGAUCUUGUGGUCUUUGUGAGGAGAUCGAUACACGCUUAUUAAGCUAACAUAACGUAAAGAAUUUGUUACGUACUGUUAAAGAUCGGCUAUGAUGAGGAUCGUCCUACUAGUAGGGCGGUUUCGGUUUUUAGGAGAGAGCUAAAGCGGUCUACGGUUUCGAAGGAACAAAAUAUGGCGGUUUGAUAGACCCUCUUUGAACGAUCUGACUAAUUUAAUUACACUUAGAUUUUCAAUCAACCGAAAAGAUCGAUCGGUUGUUUAGAGCUUACUUAUUAUUGUUAUAGGGCUUUAGGAAAAGAUGGUUCACCCUAGACGGACAGGAUUUAACAUAUUUUAAAGCAGCUGAGAAAACGGAAGAGAAUUAUCUUGGAACUAUCAAUUUUAGCGAGGUCAAGGCAGUUAAUCCCGUGAAAAUGGUGAACAAUGGCUUCCAGAUUCUUACCAAGAAUAGGACGUACACAUUUUCUGCUCCUAGUCCUGAGUUACUCACAGACUGGGUGAGUGUGUUGAGACAAGCGAUGCAACUGAAAUCCUUUGAGAGGCGUAGAAGCGAGGCGAGUUCGCUAAGUUCCACCGACUCUCAAUACGAAGAGGUCAGGACCCGGCCAACUCGAAGUAUGAGUUCUGAUCAAAGCUUCGACGAGGGCGAUUUACCCGACGAUCUGUAUUCAUCUGUUGGUCCACCCGGUGGUGUGAAGUCUCCAGCGCAACCCACUCAAGACCCGGGAGAAAUGUACAGUUUGGUUGGUGCCCCAGGGGUCGUCACCUCGACGUUGCCGAGGACAACAAAAGAUGGAAGUGAUGCUGCAAUGUACGAGCUAGUUGGAGCGAGACCACCAUCGAAAUCUGCGCCACCCACCUAUGAAAUGGCUCAAUCUGCAAAAAAGACAAGCUCACCCCCGAAGACCACACCUGAGAACGCGCAAGAAACGGCGGAAAGCGCAGAUCUGUAUGAAAGUUCUCCCAAAGUUGAAGAAGACACUAGAGAUAUUUAUUCUUUGGUUCAAGAACCGGGCGGUAAUCCACAGACAAGCCAACAGAUGCGAACAGGAGAAGACGAAAAGGAGAAACCACCUGAUGUCGUCUCCGACCUUUACAGCUUACCGAACAUCAACAGGAAGCAAAAGCAAUCAGUACGAGGUCUCUCAAUCAUAUCGGAGAACCCAGAAUGUGGUGAUGAGCCUUCUCCCGUGUCUGACCCCGAGGAAAGCGCCCCUCCUUUGCCUUCCAAGAUUGAAGAAUCGUUUGCUAUCGAAGAGAUAAAGCGAUUUUUAGAAGAAACCAAGCUUGUGGAAGAGGAAACUGAGCAAACAAAUGGAAAGAAUUUAGAAGAGGAAAACUUCCCAGAUCAAACUGUUUCUGCGAUGCAACAGCUGAAGGAGUUUUUACAAAAGCUUGAUUCGACUGAAGCGGAAGAAGAAUAGAACCGUGUAGAAGAGUUUAGUUAAUCGCAGAACUUCACGUUUUGUUCCAGUUUGUAUUUUCUCUUUGUAGAAAGAGACAGAGCUAGAAAUACAAAGUUAUUUACACUUAGCACAGUGCCCAGGCAUGAAAGAGAACUUAUGCAAUGGCUUUAACCAGUCAGAGCAGUCAUGCAGUGUUCUUAGCCAAUCAGCAGCAGCAACUAAUCGUCGUCACUUGGCUUUCGCGUGUUUCCCGCGCUUAACGCGGGUUGCGCGAUACUACGUCGAAUUCUAAUUGCUCCAUUGUGUUGUUUGCUUUGUUUCAAUUAGACAGGUGUUAUGACGUAGAUUAUCGUUUUAUAACAGUGUCUAGAAAUGUCGUUAUUAAGUACUCUGAGACUAGAACACCACUAUAACGUACCAUAGUGGGUAAAAAUACCCUAGUUCGUACGUACAGUUAACUCCUUAGCAUUUAACUGGCUCAUUUUAAUGUACAUGACUGUCUCUAGAACGGAGAGGUGAAGUACAUGUUGGUAAUUCGCUAGCUGUUUGAUUUAUUUUUGAGGUUCCUUGUGAUGAGCUCCGUUUGAUGUCAACAAUCAAAAUAUGAGAAAUGAGAGAGGCGGCAUCGACACAGCGACACGCCCUGACGGGAAUUACAAAGUUGCCAUGGAUACAGUCUUCCCUCGUAUUUACAAGAUUCUGAUUGGUCAACUCAAACGAAAACCAUUGCCAAGCUGUCAAAAAGGUGAUCAAAAACAACGGUGCGGCGCGCAUGACUGUACUGAUCAUUUUGUAGUCAACCGCUGCCCUAUACGAAUUUUCGUAUUUAUCAUUGACCAAAAUAGCCUUUGUUAUAAGAAGUAGUAUUUGUAGCGCGUUAAAUAUUGUCAUGAGGUAUUUCAGAGUCCGUAUUUAAGCACAUAGCUGAAGAGAAAAGGGAUAUAUUUGUGAUUUUACCUAUAAAGCAAUAUUUUGAUAUUUAACUUGAACGACAUGUACUUUUUUUCUAUUUUUUCUAACUUUUGUUUGUAUAUAUUAGUAAAAAUAUAUUUUGAUCUUCAUGUUAUUGGACUUUGUACUGAUUGUAGAUUUCCUGGAAUAGAUACAGAGUAUUUUGUCAAGCUAUUUUGUAUAUUUUUGGAAUAUAUAAUGAUUGUAGAUUUUCAUGAAUUGAAGUAAACUAUUUUAUUGUUGACGGCAAUAAAGAUACUGUUUUAAGUAUGUUUGCUAUUUUUUCCAAACCAAUAAAAUUUGUUACCGUGAAA